CAAAGAGAAUAGAGUAACGCAGGAAGGAAAUGGCGAGGAAAACACCUUUCUAGGGUGCGCCAGGUCCUGGCAGAACUCUAAACUCUGUAUUGGUCCAAUCAGAAGAAUCCGUGGAAACUCAGUUUGCUUGAUAAAUAACGGGAAUACGGUGGAGAUGCAUGUCACUUUCUGGGUUUUAGUAGCAGGAGAAGAAGUAGCAUGGGUUAAUAUCAACCUUAAUGAACAAGAACUUAUCAAGACUGUAAACAAAGUAGGUGUCCCAAUGUGCUGUGAAGAAGGAGUUGGAAUCGGGAGAUGGAAUGGCCUGCUAGGAUAUCUAAAAGAUAAUAUUUUCUUUACUGUCAAUCACAAAAACAAAUCAGAUUUUGCUGAAAUGUCGCCUUUAUCAUUAAAACAUAACGCUGAAGUUCUUGUUCAAUGGAAACCCUCCUCCAUGAAAGAUCUCGCCAGGAAAAUUAUCAGGAAUUUAUUCAACUAA